UUUUUUCAUCUGUUUCCGUUUCUUUUUCCAAACCAGAAAUCACGGAUGCUUCGCGACUUUUGGCGAACCCUGUGGCCGCGAUUCACCAGCAGCUUUUCGCCGAGAAAUUUGUUCCAGCCGCAGCAAACGUCUUCCGCGGCGAAAGUUCCAACCGCGUCCAAGACUUCGACGCCAGUGACAUCUACUUCGGCAAUGACCACGACCAGUCCGGAAGGAUGUAACCACGCAUCCGUGCUUUCCGCCGGAGCUGCCAAAUCCUACAACGACAGGACAAGCUAUUAUCCAAGCAGACCUAGCGGUACACCUACUGGUGCAGCUGCUGGAGGUAUUAGACACCAGCUCCCCACAGCGCGAGUCCAGUACUUUGAUUUUGCCGCGUAUGCAGACACCGGGAGCCAAGCCUGGAAGCAAACCUUCCUUCAGCGAACGGCGAAACUGCAGGCUGCGACGGGAGGCGAGGGUUCGUCCAGUACGACAACGUCGACUUCUUCAGGCACUUCCGCUAAAAAAACUGCCGCACCAAACGAGAAAAAGCGCGUCGCUCUGCUUGUCGACGGCGACCAUGCCAUGCCCGCGCAGCUCGACGGCAUCAUCCAGCACUUCAAUAGCAUCGGCGCCACGGUUCCCGUCCGACGGGCGUAUUUUGGGAGGGCAGACAUUGCGGAGGGCAGGAAAUGGGGCGAAUUCGGGCACAGACACCGCUUUGAGCUCAUCGUUGUGAAAAAGUAUUUCAGUCGUAUAAUUCAUGCGUGAUGUUGUAGGGACAGGAGGGAACAUGUUUGUACAUGACGAGGAAACAGUGAGAGCGUACAAAAAUGCACCUAUACAAUAUGCUUUUUCACUUACAUUUUGCCUCGCAGGUUUGGCACGAGUAACGCGGAGCUGGUGGACAAGAAGCUGUCCAUCGACGCUAUACGAUUUGGCCUCGUCGACCGCUAUAAUGUCGCCAUUAUGUCGCGCGAUAAAGGGUUUGCAGAGGUAUACAUACAUAGUCAUGGUUAGACUCUUUACCAUGCUGCAAAAUAAGAAUGUCCUGUAUUAAUGCCGUUUUAAAACUCAAAAAGAAAAAGAGUACGAAUUCCUCCAAUACAUCAUGCCCACAAUGACCACAGGUUUUCGCCGAACUUUCCCGGAACGACGCCCCCGAGUACUACGCCGUUUCUCAGUGCGAUAAUACUCCGACAAGAUCCCUCUUCGAGAAAUACGGCGCAACUUUUGUCGCAGAUCGGCCCCCCGACUACGUCGCGGGAAUGACAAGCGCUUCGAGUAGUGGCCGGGUCGUGCGACGAGGGGCGGCUGGAGUUGGUUUCGGUUCUCGAGGGGGAUGGUACGACAGCAAUCCUAGCAGCCCAAGCUCUACAGCAUCGAGCACGAGAGCGAGGAACAGCGUAUCUUCAAGCACCUCGUCUACAAGUUACCGACGUUCACCAACGGAGAGAGCGACGCUAGCGGGGAAUGCACAACUGCGGGGCGGGCUCCGUCCUUCACACACGGCGUUGAGAGCAGUGAGAAAACCUCCAGACGACCGGCGGCAGAGCGGGACUAGCUCGCUUCACUCCUACAUCCAAGAGCGCAUCGAUGACGCACUGGACCGAAGACUCGGCAAGAGGAGGAACAACGGACACGAAGCGGAGAAAAGAUCGCGGCCGGACCAGCGUGUUUACCGAAAUUCGUAUCCCUCGCGGCCGCGCCCGGACAGCAACUACCGGUCGCACCCUGCAGCUCCAGAACGCAGAACAAGGGAUCAACCUCUAGUCGUCGUCCAGUCGCCUGGAGCAGAGAACUCCCUGCGGUUCCUCAUGCGGCGGUACGCGCUGGACGCCGGUUGGAUUGCGGGCACGCGUGACGAGCCACCGAUUGUUGCCGCGAGGCAAGUCGACUUGUUGGGUGAAGACAGUGUGAUGCCAACAACGUCCUGCCGCAGCAACGACGUUUUGGCGACGGAGAAACUACCGCCAGCAGAGGAUGAGUUUCUCGCAAAGGAGGUCUGCCAAGGAGAACCGAGCAGCUCCUGCGUCAAAAUGGCGCUACGGCAGCGCAAAAGAAGUUCGGGCAGAUCCUUUCUCGGAGCGCAUACAGUGAGUAGACAUGCCGCGAAUACGAAACUGCACCUCACCCGCUGGCUGCGACCUGCUCUUCGAAAAUCAGCCCUGCGAACGCGGCUUCCGCGGAGGGAAUACGUCGCGAGGCGCAACGUCUGGGCGGUCAAAUACAGGUAUCAACCGGAGCCGCCGGAACCGCGAAUGCGGACCACAAUUGUCGGGCAAAAAAGGGACAACGCGCCGCUGUUGGAUCUCCUCGCGGGCGAACCCAUGCGGAAGACGCAGGUUUGAUUCGUGAGGAGGGGUCCGGGCUUUCCCAAAAGCAAGCUUUACCCGGUCCGCGUUGGAAUGAUGGUGAGUGACAGGCGGAACCGUGAUCGUGACAAACCCAAACACAAGUAGAAUAGCGCCACACAUAGCUGUCAUAGGUAGCCCACGAUCGUGGGGGCUGCUCUCAUUUGAUGUUGUCUGUGUUUCUAUAAUUACUAACUUGAAGGUCGUGGGUCAGUAUCUUCUGCUACACGUUUAUUGUUAUGGAGAAAUUCAAAAUCUGUUUCGCAUUCGCUUUCGUUCUCUCUGUAAAAUCGGCCGCUUAUCAAUCUACAUCAGUUUUCCUCUUUGUGUUUGUGUAGGUAAGACGGAGGCCUGCAAUCACAACACACAUUUACUGGUUGCGUGAGUUUAUGUGGCUUUGCGCUGACUGCCACAAUGAAAAUGAAUAGUAUGUGUUCAUCCCUCGUUGGCCGCUCGCAUUGGAAGCUAGCACAGCGGUCGCCCAACUUCAUAAAGAAUGCCGG